GGAAAGGCAUCGCUCGGCCAUGGAAGCUUGUAUACUAUCGUGCAAAGAAGAUAUUUGAUGUGAAUAAUUACAAAGGCAGGUACAAUGAAGAAGACACUAAGAAGCUGAAGGCAUACCAUUCCCUCCAUGGAAAUGACUGGAAAAAGAUCGGGGCAAUGGUGGCCCGAAGCAGCCUCUCUGUUGCCCUGAAGUUCUCUCAGAUUGGUGGUCAUAGAAACCACGGUACUUGGAGUAAGACAGAAACCCAGAGACUAAUCAAGGCUGUGGAGGAUGUGAUCCUAAAGAAAAUGUCUCCCCAGGAGUUAAGAGAACUGGAUUCUAGACUCCAGGAAGACCCUGAAGGUCGCCUGUCAAUUGUCCGGGAAAAACUGUACAAGGGCAUAUCAUGGGUGGAAGUGGAAGCUAGAGUGGAGACCAGAAACUGGAUGCAGUGCAAAAGUAAGUGGACAGAGAUUCUCACCAAAAGGAUGACCCAUGGGGGAUUCGUGUAUCGUGGGGUCAAUGCUCUGCAGGCCAAAAUCACCCUUAUUGAAAGGUUGUAUGAACUAAAUGUGAAUGACGCUAAUGAAAUAGAUUGGGAAGAUCUUGCUAGUGCCAUAGGGGAUGUCCCUCCACCUUUUGUUCAGGCAAAAUUUUAUAAGCUGAAAGCUGCCUGCGUUCCUUUUUGGCAGAAAAAGACUUUUCCAGAGAUCAUUGACUACUUAUAUGAGACCAGUCUGCCUUUGCUGAAGGAAAAGUUAGAAAAGAAGAUGGAGAAAAACAACAGCCAGAUCCAGACUCCCUCAGCUCCCAAACAAGACUUCCUGUUCAAAGACAUCUUCUAUUGUGAUGAUGACAGUGACGGGGAGGGCGCAGAGGAGCCCAGUGCCCCUGGUGUGCCGUGACUAUGGAUCUCCUCCUCCUCAGACUUGUCUCUGUUCCCUUGGACCUCUUGCUGCGCAUCUCCUCUUCUGGGUGAACUGCUGGUGGCCAUAUCUGCUGGCACACUUGUGUUCUUUGUAGAAGCUCAGCUGUUAGUUUUGGAAGAGUCUGUCCAGCUGGGGUACAACUCCCACUGGAGUCUCAGGACAGGGUGAAAGGGGGGCUCUUCCAUCAA